AUGGCGAGGAGAGAACGCCCCGUCUGUGCGAGUCACAAAGGCGCCGUUCCAGGGGUCCGAGAACGCCCGGGCGUGGAGGCGUGGGCUGGCGCAGCGGGGCCGCACGGCAAGCAGCCCUCCUUGCCCCGUGGGACUCGCGGCCCGAGCCGCCUGCUAGGCGGCCUUGCUGAACCAAAGAAGCACAGGAGAAAAGACUCUGGAUAUCCUCAGGAAGAUCCAGAGAAGACCAAAGAGCAACAGGCAGAGAUGGAGCUUCGGAGGCUGAGGCAGCAGUUCCGGAAAAUGGUGGACAGCCGGAAGUCCUUUCACUUCCGCUCCCAGCUGAACAUCACCAACCAGUACAAGGAGAUCAAGACCCUGCAAGAGGAGCAGGAUGAGAUCACCCUGCUCCUGAGUCUCAUCAAGUCCUCGAAGUACUUGAAUCUGAAUGAGAAGAACUACAUGGAGCUGCGGUUCUUGCUGCAAACCAAGGAGGACUACGAGUCCCUGAUUAAAUCCAUGAAAACACUGCUGACCGAGCUGGAUGAGAAGGUCACUGUCCACUUUGACAAGAUGCUGACCACCAAUGCCAAGCUCCGGAAGGAGAUUGAGGAUCUCCGGUUUGAGAAGGCCGCUUAUGACCAUGUCUACCAACAGCUGCACCGGCGCAUGUCGAUGCAGAAGAAAACCAUGAAUGUGGCCAUUGAGCAGUCUGCACAGGCCUACGAGCAGAGGCUGGAAGCCAUGGCUCGAAUGGCGGCCAUGAAGGACCGCCAGCAGAAGGACAUCUCUCAGUACAACAUGGAGAUCCGCGAGCUGGAGCGUCUCUACGCCCACGAGACCAAGCUCAAGUCCUUCCUGCUCGUCAAGUUGAACGACCGCAUGGAGUUUGAGGAGCAGGCGAGAAAGGAAGAAGCUCAGAAGGCAAAGAAGCAUGGGAAAAAGAACAAGGGGGAGAGUUUUGAGAGCUUUGAGGUGGCCCACCUCCGGCUGUUGAAGCUGUCCGAGAAUGGGAACCUGAACCAGCUCAUUGACGAUUUCCUGGCCAAGGAGGAGAAGAACUUUGCUCGGUUCACCUACGUCACGGAGCUCAACAAUGACAUGGAAAUGAUGCACAAGAAGACUCAGAGGAUCCAGGACGAGAUCAUCCUCCUGCGAUCCCAGCAGAAAUCUUCCCAUGAUGACAGCCGUUCAGCCCUGAAACAACUAGAGGAGAAACUGAAGAAUACCACGGAGGAGGCGGACAGGUAUGAGCAGGACUACAAGGAGACCAGCAAGACCUUGGACCACCUCAAGAACUCAUUGCAGAGUCUGUUCGAGAAGAUCAAGUGUGACGCCACCAAGAUCCUGGUGCAGCUAGGGGAGACAGGGAAAAUCACUGAUACCAACCUUCCGCAGUAUUUUGCCAUCAUUGAAAAGAAGACCAAUGACUUGCUGCUGUUAGAGGCUUACAGACGGGUCCUGGAGGUGGAAGGGGCAGAGACAGAGACCCCGCCACCCUUUGUCAACCCUUUCUGGGGUGGCUCUGCUUUCCUCAAGCCGGCAGAAGCUGUCAAGGUCGUCCCCCCUGUGUUCGGGUCGGACAUCCUCAGCGAGAAGUUGGAUGAUUAUGAGCAGCCGCUGGACCACGGAAGCCUUCGGCAGCUGGUGGUCGACCAGUACAAAGUGAGGGAGUCUCGAAAUCUGCCCUUGGACAGCACUGCCGAGAGGAUUGACCUGAAAAGGAGAAGCUAA